AUGACGGACGAUUUUGCAGGUACGGGCAAUGGGAUGCAUCCGGCAGCAACGACGCCUCCCUCUGCCAUGUACCGGAUACCACCGCCGACAGCGGGGGGUAUCAAUGAGCCUCAGGAAUGCCCGUACUGCCGUCGCACCUUCUCCUGCUACUACUCCCUGAAGCGACACUUUCAAGACAAACAUGAGCAGACGGACACGCUAUUCGUCUGCGAGUUCUGCAAUCGUCGAUAUCGCACGAAGAAUUCACUUACGACGCACAAGAGUCUUCAGCAUCGCGGCUCGAGCGGCAUGCUGAAGAGGCUCCUCAAGACAUCGGCCAUGAAGAACGUUUUAGGUAGCAUGCAACAGGCUCAACAAUUGCAGCAACAGCCACAAUGA